AUGGUGCAAAUGGCAAAAAUAAUUCUCAUAAUUAUUCCCAUAAUAGUGCCAUGCGAUAAUACGCUCACAGAAUUAGACGUGAAAAGUGUAAAUAAAAAUAAAAGUGUUGUGAAUAAAAUCUGCCAUAGUGGCAUAGUUCGGUGCGUGGAGAAUUAUAAACUUUGGAAGAAGCGCAAGCGUUUAUCAAGUAUGUUUGACGAAUUAAGGAUAAGAAUAAAACGCAGGGCCAUGGACUAUGAAUAUCUUCUUGAUGUGCAGAGUACACCUGUGGCUCGAAUCGACCUCCCGCGCGAUUCUGAUGUCCUGGUAACUUUUAAGAAAAAGUGGCCUAUCUUCAUGUGGCGGAAAUAUCUGUUUAAGGAUGACUACCUGCUUCUUAUCAAUCCUCACUGGCUGAAAUUUAAUCCUCCGGAACCAGCAAUGCAUUACCUUCUUGGCGGGCUAUGUCGAUCAUUGCGCACGCCAGGCAAUAUUCUUGUGGCCAAUCUUGCGUUGAGUGACUUCAUAAUGCUGGCAAAGACACCUAUUUUUAUUUUUAACUCUUUCCACCUUGGUCCAGCUUUAGGCAAAACAGGUUGCGUAUUCUAUGGUUUUGUUGGUGGUCUCAGCGGAACGACAUCCAUAGCUACACUUACUGCCAUCGCACUAGAUCGCUAUUGGGCAGUUGUCUAUCCACUCCAACCCCUGCGAGCUUUGACUGCAAUUCGAGCUAAACUUUUCGCGAUUGGAGCUUGGAUUUACGCAGUUAUUUUCUCUAUCAUCCCCGCCCUAGACAUCGGUUAUGGACAUUAUGUGCCUGAGGGUUUCCUCACCAGCUGUAGCUUUGAUUAUUUAACAGAUGAGCUAUCACCACGCUAUUUCAUAUUUGCCUUUUUUUGUGCGGCCUGGUUCAUCCCUCUCUGCAUCAUAUGCUUUUGCUACACCAGAAUCCUUCGCAUUGUCAUUGGCUCCAGGAAUAUGAAUAACAAAAAUCAAGAGGAAAAAAUGUCAUCAAGACACGUCAAAGAACAAACAAAACGCAAAGCCGAAAUAAAACUUGCAGGUCUGGUUAUUGCUGUCAUAGCCCUCUUCUUUAUAUCGUGGACACCAUACGCAAUUGUAACUCUUUUAGGUAUUUUUGGAAAAAAAGACGUCAUUACCCCCGGAGUGUCGAUGAUUCCGGCAUUAUUCUGCAAAACGGCUGCGUGCAUCGAUCCCUUUAUUUAUAUUAUAACACAUCCCAAAUUUCGCAAAGAGCUUCAAAAGUUGCUUUUUAGGGACAAAUCACGAAGGAUGACUGGGACGUUUAAAAGCGUAGCUUAUUCAAUGGAAGCCACUAAAGUGCACAGAAAUAGUAAGGACCAAAGCGACACCGAUGUAGAAGUUAUUGAAAUGAAGGACAUUCCAUAUCAUAAUGAGGCUAAUGGGAAGACGGUAAAUACGGUAUCGUCCAAGGUUGCAAAAAGACACGACUCACAAAAAUCGGUUGGAAGUGUGAGCAUGAAGAGUUAUGAAGAAGAACUAGUGAGCCCUCCGUCGUGGUACACGAAACCACAGUUUUCGAGAGCCAGAAGCUUUAAUCGAACCAAACUAAAGUUAUUAAUCUUAAGAGAAAAAUGUUUAAAUAUAAGAACAUACUGCACGAGGCCCGCUUACAAUGUGUUAUUUUUUGGCUCUGAUGGAAUCGGACUUCGAAGUUUACGAAGAAUCAAUGAUUUAAGGAAAUCUGAACGCCUUAUUAAACGCCUGGACCUAGUUACAGCGAAUACUUCGAAGAGUAAAAGUAUAAUUGAGAGUUUUGCAGAGUCUGAAGGCAUAAACAUUUUAAAUUGGCCAGGCUUAAAUAUCUCCCAUGCAGAGUAUGAUUUAGGGUUGAUCGUAGCUUUCGGGCAUCUGAUCAAGAAAGAUAUUUUAGACAAAUUUCCAUUAGGAAUCAUAAAUGUACAUCCAAGUUUAUUACCAAGAUGGCGAGGAGCAGCACCAAUCAUUUAUACCUUGCUGCAUGGUGACAAUUUGGGAGGGGUGUCUCUCAUGAAAAUAAAAGCUGAUAGAUUUGAUGUGGGUGAAAUUAUAAGUCAAAAGGCUGUCCCCGUUCCUGAAGAUAUUUUAUUGCCUGAUCUAACAAAUCAAUUGUCAGACAUUGGAGCAGAAAUGCUAGUGGAUUGCAUAAGGACAUUGCCAGAUAGUCUAAAGAAUGCUCGUCCUCAAUGCAAUGAAGGAGUUACAUAUGCAAAGAAAAUAAACAAAAAUAUUAUUGAAGUGAGAUGGUCGGAGAUGUCAGCAAUGCAAGUGUAUAAUUUGUAUAGAGCAAUAUAUGGAAUUUAUCCUUUAUCUACAACUUUCAAGGGAAAACCUAUGAAGUUAUUUAACGCUUUUCUUCCAAAGAAUAAUAUAGAAUAUGAAAAUAAACCUUUUGGAUGUCUAGAGUACUGUGUAAAUACAGAUGCUAUAAGGAUCUUAUGUAAAGAUAGUAGAUAUAUUCAUUUCAAAUCGUUAAGAAUCUUAGGUAAGAGAGAAAUAUCAGCUUUAGACUUUUACAAUGGUUACAUAAAGAAUGUUUCAUUAGACAAAAGAAAAUUUGUUGUUAAUUAA